AUGGCUGACACCUCCAAGUUGCAUCCUGCGACUACCGUCACCAAUAUCAAAUCAUGCAUCCCUAUUGUGCUUGACUACGAAGGAAGCCAAUACAAUAACUGGGCUACCCUCUUCAAGCUCCAUUGUCGUGCAAACUUGGUCAUUGGCCACAUCCUACCUCCUGCCUCCCCCACCGUGCCACCACCGGCAACUGCAGUCGAAAAAUUUGCUGCUAAGGCCCUAUGGGAACGGCUAGAUGACAUUGACAACAAAUCGGCUAGGGCUCUUGCUCUUGAUGCAAAAUUCACAACCACAAAAUUGGUGGAUUUUCCGAAUAUGAAAGCAUACUGCACCAGGCUGAAAGUUCUUGCAGAAAAUCUCGCCAACGUCGGUCACAAAGUUUCCGAUGAACGACUUGUGCUUCGUCUUCUGCGAGGAUUGUCGGAGAAAUAUAAAACUUUUCGCACGACGGUGCAACACCGUACUCCUCUCCCAUCUUUUGACAUUGUCCGGUCAAUGCUUGAGCUUGAGGAGGAUAGCCAUGCCGAGGACGCCAUUCACGACUCCGACUCGAAUGCUGCUCUUGUUUCCCACAAUGUUACUCCUCAGAAUUUCUCAGGAAAUGGACAGCCCAAUAACUCUGCAAAUAAUUUCAACAAUCGUGGAAAUUCGCAGAAUCGUGGAAAGAAAAAUAACCGCGGUGGCAGCGGCGGCAACCGCAACAACUGCGGUGGCAGCGGCAAUGGACAAAGUAGCGGCGGGGGCAGCCGCACCAAUGCACAGGCAUACCAGCCCGUCGCGGCACAGCAGCAGGGACCCGCUACCCUGUCGUGGUAUUUUCCACCGUGA